CCGCUCUCGGCCAAUGAGGACAGAGGCUUUCCCUCCAGCCGGCCAAUAGGGCCCGGCGGCCCCGCCCUCUCCCCUUUCUCCUCCCUAAUCUGGACCAAUCGCGAGGCAGCGCGCGCCGCUCGGAGCCCCGGGUAGGCUUCCUCGGUAGCGGCCGCCGCAGAAACUCCCGGCUGCAGCUGUGUCCGCCGCUGGCUCCUGCGGAAAGAGAGACGAGAGGGCCCCGAGGAAGUGUGUUGCCAAGGGGACCGAGGCCUCUGCUUGCGUUGUCAAGGAGACGGGGGUUCUAGAGCCCGCCCCCUGUCAGGAGCCCGGCAUUCCGGAGUCCCAGAACCACACCUGCAGGCGCAGCGGCGGCUGCGAGAGGAUCGCGGGGGGGGACCAGGUGGUCGUCUCCUUGCAGGAGCCUUCCGGAGCGUCCUUGCACUAGUGCCAGAGGAAAAGGGGUUUCCAGGCACCCAAAGACAACUUGCAACUUGUAGGGUGGGGAGGAAUAGAUCUGCGUCCAUUCAGGGUUCUGGGUCCCUUUGUCUUGAGCAAAUUGCACUCGGAGAAUGUCUGAAGUCGCGCUCGUGGCCAAGAAGCGGGCUUAGGAGUGGUUUGGUCACGGGGCGGAGAGAAGGCUUUGCUUUCCUGUGCAAUAAGGCCCACCAGGGUAGCAGUUAUCGUGUGUUUUCCUGGCAAAACACCCCAAAAUCCAUGCUCUACAGUUUAACGUGUCGUUGCAGAGCUUGUGUUCUGUGGUACCCGGUCAAUCCUUCGCUUUGACUGCCCCGUUUUGCACUUCUGACUUUUUCUUUGCACUCGAUGCUGCUAUGUUUCCAGUCUGCACACUGAAGAACUUGCCGCCCUCUCAGAAGCUCCCUGCUCUUCAUAGCUGAAGGUGGAUUGUGUGGAGUGGAUGCAACUGCUAAGCCCUGCUGCCACCUCCGCUGCCUGAUUCACGUUCCCACCUAUCAGAAGCUCGGCGCCCCCAUCUUUUCCUGCUGCGUGAAGCCAAGAGCCCUGUCCGCCACCCCUGCUGUGCUUGAGGGAGACACCGGGAGCAAGCCAUGCUCUCCGAGGCCCUCCCCUGCUUCCAGUUACUCCGGAUGGGCCCAGCUUCGCCCGGGGAUUCACCCAACCGGGAUCUCUACACCUUCCGGCCUGCUAGGCCCAGCUGCACUUAUCGGCUGGGCCGCCGAGCUGAGGUCUGCGAUGUUGUCCUGGUGUCGGAGGAGAACCCAGCCUUGGUCUCGCGGAUCCAUGCAGAGAUCCAUGCCGAGAGGGAUGCUGACAGCACCGCCGGGGAGUGGCGAGUCGGCCUGGUGGACUACAGCACCCACGGUACUUACGUCAACGCCGUCCGGGUGCCCCACGGCCAGCGAGUGGACCUGAACGACGGAGACCUUCUGACCUUUGGCCACCCCAGCCCAGUCCCCGAGGGCUGUGCCCUGCCACUCCCGCACGGCGACUCCGAGUUCUACUUCCUCUUCCAGAAAGUCCACGUCCGGCCGCAGGACUUCGCUGCUAUCACAGAGCCCAAAGCCCCCUGGGCCUCCUCCUGCGGCUUCCGGCCAGUGCUGCCCUCCGGCAACCACCGCAUCCGCCCUCUGUCCCGCCACUCGCCCACCGCCCUCUCCUGCCGCUCCAAAGCCACCCUCAUCCUCAGCUCCAUCGGCAGCCUCAGCAAGCUCAAGCCGCAGCCCUUCACCUUCUCCCUGGGUCGCGGCCGGUGCGCGGAACCCCCCGCUCAGCCCAAAACCUCUCGGAACCGGCGCAAGUCGGCUCACACGCUGCUGCCCGAGCUGGAGGAUGAGAUCACGCGGCUCGAGGAGGAGCAGCCGACCCCAGGCAAGGAGCAGCGGCUGGGCGGUUGUGCUCCUUGCCAUAGCGCCUUGCGGCUCCAGCAGAGAGUGCCGGAGGCGAGCCAGAACUUGCAGGGAGACGAGGGUCCUCCGAAGCUCCACGUCACACCCAGCGGGAAACGGCGUGGCCGGCCACGGAAGAACCCCUUGGGGAGCACUUGCCAAGUCUUCUCCCAGACUCUGUCCACGUCAGAGCCGUGUGCUGCCCCGAGGUGCCACCUUCCCCAGGACGAGAUGGUGGAGUGGGUCCAGUGCGACGGCUGCGACGCCUGGUUCCAUGUGGCUUGCGUGGGCUGCAGCUACAGCGCCGUGAAGGAGGCAGAGUUCUGCUGCGCCGCUUGCCGCUCUUAA